AUUUUUCAGCCUACAAUGCAGCAGUCCCCUCAGGAUGAGCAGGAGAAGCUCUUGGAUGAAGCCAUACAGGUUGUGAAGGUCCAGUCAUUCCAAAUGAAGAGAUGCCUGGACAAAAACAAGCUUAUGGAUGCUCUAAAACAUGCUUCUAAUAUGCUUGGUGAACUCCGGACUUCUAUGUUAUCACCAAAGAGCUACUAUGAACUUUAUAUGGCCAUUUCUGAUGAACUGCACUACUUGGAGGUCUACCUGACAGAUGAGUUUGCUAAAGGAAGGAAAGUGGCAGAUCUCUAUGAACUUGUACAGUAUGCUGGAAACAUUAUCCCAAGGCUUUACCUUUUGAUCACAGUUGGAGUUGUGUAUGUCAAGUCAUUUCCUCAGUCCAGGAAGGAUAUUUUGAAAGAUUUGGUAGAAAUGUGCCGUGGUGUGCAGCAUCCCUUGAGGGGUCUGUUUCUUCGAAAUUACCUUCUUCAGUGUACCAGAAAUAUCUUACCUGAUGAAGGAGAGCCAACAGACGAAGAAACAACUGGUGACAUCAGUGAUUCCAUGGAUUUUGUACUACUGAACUUUGCAGAAAUGAACAAACUCUGGGUGCGAAUGCAGCAUCAGGGACAUAGCCGAGAUAGAGAAAAAAGAGAACGAGAAAGACAAGAACUGAGAAUUUUAGUGGGAACAAAUUUGGUGCGCCUCAGUCAGUUGGAAGGUGUAAAUGUGGAACGUUACAAACAGAUUGUUUUGACUGGCAUAUUGGAGCAAGUUGUAAACUGUAGGGAUGCUUUGGCUCAAGAAUAUCUCAUGGAGUGUAUUAUUCAGGUUUUCCCUGAUGAAUUUCACCUCCAGACUUUGAAUCCUUUUCUUCGGGCCUGCGCUGAGUUACACCAGAAUGUAAACGUGAAAAACAUAAUCAUUGCUUUAAUUGAUAGAUUAGCUUUAUUUGCUCACCGUGAAGAUGGACCUGGAAUCCCAGCAGAUAUUAAACUUUUUGAUAUAUUUUCACAGCAGGUGGCUACAGUGAUACAGUCUAGACAAGACAUGCCUUCAGAGGAUGUUGUAUCUUUACAAGUCUCUCUCAUUAAUCUUGCCAUGAAAUGUUACCCUGAUCGUGUGGACUAUGUUGAUAAAGUUCUAGAAACAACAGUGGAGAUAUUCAAUAAGCUCAACCUUGAACAUAUUGCUACCAGUAGUGCAGUUUCAAAGGAACUCACCAGACUUUUGAAAAUACCAGUUGACACUUACAACAAUAUUUUAACAGUCUUGAAAUUAAAACAUUUUCACCCACUCUUUGAGUACUUUGACUAUGAGUCCAGAAAGAGCAUGAGUUGUUAUGUGCUUAGUAACGUUCUGGAUUAUAACACAGAAAUUGUCUCUCAAGACCAGGUGGAUUCCAUCAUGAAUUUGGUAUCCACACUGAUUCAAGAUCAGCCAGAUCAGCCUGUAGAGGACCCUGAUCCAGAAGACUUUGCUGAUGAGCAGAGCCUUGUGGGCCGCUUCAUUCAUCUGCUGCGCUCUGAGGACCCUGACCAGCAGUACUUGGAUGACAAAUGGGAAAAGAAAUGCCAGAAGAUUUUUUCAUUUGCCCACCAGACUAUCAGUGCUUUGAUCAAAGCAGAGCUGGCAGAAUUGCCCUUAAGACUUUUUCUUCAAGGAGCACUAGCUGCUGGGGAAAUUGGUUUUGAAAAUCAUGAAACAGUCGCAUAUGAAUUCAUGUCCCAGGCCUUUUCUCUGUAUGAAGAUGAAAUCAGCGAUUCCAAAGCACAGUUAGCUGCCAUCACCUUGAUCAUUGGCACUUUUGAAAGGAUGAAGUGCUUCAGUGAAGAGAAUCACGAACCUCUGAGGACUCAGUGUGCCCUUGCUGCAUCCAAACUUCUGAAGAAACCCGAUCAGGGCCGAGCUGUGAGCACCUGUGCACAUCUCUUCUGGUCUGGCAGAAACACGGACAAAAAUGGGGAGGAGCUUCACGGAGGCAAGAGGGUAAUGGAGUGCCUAAAGAAAGCUCUAAAAAUAGCAAAUCAGUGCAUGGACCCCUCUCUACAAGUGCAGCUUUUUAUAGAAAUUCUGAACAGAUAUAUCUAUUUUUAUGAAAAGGAAAAUGAUGCGGUAACAAUUCAGGUUUUAAACCAGCUUAUCCAAAAGAUUCGAGAAGACCUCCCGAAUCUUGAAUCCAGUGAAGAAACAGAGCAGAUUAACAAACAUUUUCAUAACACACUGGAGCAUUUGCGCUUGCGGCGGGAAUCACCAGAAUCCGAGGGGCCAAUUUAUGAAGGUCUCAUCCUUUAAAAAGGAAACAGCUCACCAUACUCCUUUCCAUGUACAUGCAGUGAGGGUUUUAUUAUGCUAGGUUUUCCUUCCAUAGAUUGUGCCUUUCAGAAAUGCUGAGGUAGGUUUCCCGUUUCUUACCUGUGAUGUGUUUUACCCAGCACCUCCGGACACUCACCUUCAGGACCUUAAUAAAAUUAUUCACUUGGUAAGUGUUCAAGUCUGUCUGAUCACCCCAAGUAGCAUGACUGAUCUGCUAUUUAAAAUUCCUGUGAUCUGUAAAAAAAAAAAAAAAAAACCCACAAGCACUUAUCUUGGCUACUAAUGAAGCUCUCCUCCCUUUUUUUUUGUUUGUUUCAUUGUUGAUUGUGUAUUUUCUUCAUUAUUGGGGAGUACUAACCCAAAAGUGUCUGUCUCUUUUGUUCUUUAGUCCAAUUUGAGAUUAAUUUAGAAGAAAGGAAUACUGUAUGUGAAAUUCAGCUUGGGCUUUUCCCUAAAUUGCAAGAUAAGGCCAUGUGUAAGAUUUUCCCUAAAACUAGAAUAUAUUAAUGCAUGUUUGAGAAUUUUAAAACACCAUGGUCAAAACGAGAAGUUAUAUUUUGCAUAUUUGGACUCAGCCAUCCAUUAAGAACCUAUGUUGUCCUCUGGACAUAUUUAUCAAUAUAAUUCGGUUUUAAAUAGUAUAAAAGAAAAUUUGUGAUCUAUAUAAUUUAUGUAUCACGUUCAUUGUAAAUUUAGCAGGAAAUGCAUCACAAUUAUGAUUUUUUUUUUUUUUUUUUUUUUGCACCAGUGAAACAAUAAAGUUGCUAUUAACAAUUUUGGAGCUUUUUUUCUCUUUUCAUACUAUCUUUAAUUGAUAAAAAGAACUAAUAGAGUGGCUAUAGAGUUUAAUAGUCAUUCUCAUAUAUUCACAGAGCUCACUUAACUCUGGUUUUAAGCACUUGUUGAACAAGGCAGCAUCUACUCUUUUAGUCAUUUAUACCCCUUUUCUUUCCUCAACUUUACCCUGCUUUUCCCAAGGCAUGAUGAAUUCACAUAAACCCCCCAAAGGCUCACCAGCAAUACUAGUUACCUACUAUAUAAUAAACCAUCCCAAAACUUAAUGUCUUAAAACAGCAAAUAUUUAUCUCACAGGUCUCUGGAUCAGGAAUUUGGGAGCAGCUUAGCUGGUGGUCCUGGCGAAGAGUAUAAGGCAAAGAGUAUAAGGUUGCAAGCAAGAUACUGGUUGGGGCUGCAGUCAUCUGACACUUUGGGGCUGACUUCUCUGCUUACUGACCUGGCUGUUAGGCAGAGGCCCCAGUUCCUCUCCUUGAGGGCAGGGGCCCCAGUUCUUCUCCUUGAGGGCCCUUCCAUAGAGUGUCCUCGCAGCAUGGUGGCUGAGUACGAAAGCAAGAAGGAAACCACAGUGCCUUUCAAUGGCCUCCCUGUGGAAGUGACACUCUCAGUUUUGCCUUAUUCUGUUAGUGGGGAGUCACUAAGUCUAGCCUAUAUUCAAGGGUAAAGGGAAUUAAGCUCCACCUCUUGAAGGGAGAAUUUAUAGACAUUUUCAAAUGACUACAUCACUUAACCCCUCACCAUUUGCCCUCCCAUUGCUAGCACUUGAUGACUAGCCCUUGCUGGGGUUUACAUGAACAGAUGUUUCCCAAGAAUUAGUACCACUAAAAUGUAUCAAAUCUUAAGCCAUUCUGUGGUAUGUCAUAGUCCAGCAAACCCUUUCUGUUCUUUGCAGGUGUUAGUUUACCCUGUAUAAACCUGAUUAUGGCUUGACAUAGCCAUAUGAUUUACAUGUUUUGUGAAAUACAACUGGAAUAGUAGAAAAGACAUGAGAAUACUUGAAUUUGAACUGAAUUGGAGAGGUUGGUUUGCAGGUGAAAUAAUGUCAGUACAGUGUGUAAAUUAUCUCAUUUUCUGGGUUGAGAUAAACCCAAUUUUAAAAAUAAUAAACCAACAAAAUGUAAAUAAAAGUGAAAGCAAAGCGCUGCUGGUAUCCUUAACUUACAGAUUUUUUUGUUGUUGAACAAAAACUCAGUACCAGAUAUAGUUAGGCACUGAAUCUAAAGGUGAAGAAGAUCAUAGUCCCUAGCUUCAAGAAUGUUAGUCUGCUGUGAAGACAGACCCGUAGUUACAGAAGAUGGUAUGGGUGUGCCCAGGAGAGCAGUGAAGAAGAGCUUUGAGGGAUUGGAGAUGGGCAAGUUCUGCAGAGGGUUGUGUGAAUUCUCAUGGAACGUCAAGUCCAAUAGCCUAUUUAGCCUUCUGAGGCCAGUGCUUUGGCCUGCAGUUCCAGGCUACUCAGAUAGACCCAUGGACUGAAGCAAGUUAUACUCUUGGCUGUCUGUAGUGAAAUAGGUAUUUUAAAAUUGACUUGGCAUUUAAAACCUUUUAUAGCAAUUUGACAGAGUAAUUUUAUGUCUAUCGGAUGUAAUGAACAUUUGGCUUUGU